UGCGCGCCGAGCACCGGUAGUUGCGCUCCCGAUCCCGCAAUCUCGCACCGCGUGCCGCGACCCGGUAACCGCUUACUCCAGUUGGCUCCUGCGUCGGGCGCCAUGCAUCGGGCGCGCCCCGCGCUCUGGGCAGCUCUGCUCACCGCCCUGGCCCUGCUCCGCGGGCCGCCGGUGGCGCGCGCCGGCGCGGGCGCGGUGGGCGCGGGCCCCGUCGUGCGCUGCGAGCCCUGCGACGCGAACGCGCUGGCCCAGUGCGCGCCUCCGCCCGCCGCGCCCGCGUGCGCCGAGCUGGUGCGCGAGCCGGGCUGCGGUUGCUGCCUGACAUGCGCGCUGCGCGAGGGCCAGCCGUGCGGUGUCUACACCGAACGCUGCAGCUCGGGACACAGCUGCCAGGAGCCACCGGGCGAGCCGCGCCCGCUGCAGGCGCUGCUGGACGGCCGCGGAUUCUGCGUUAACGCCAGCGCCACCGGCCGCCUGCACGCCUACCUGCUGCCGGCGCCCUCCGCCCCAAGUGAGCCUCGCGCGACGGCUGGGAACAGGAGCGGGGCGGCGCCCGAGACUGCCAACGGACCCGACCUGGAGGGCAACAGUCGGCGCACAGACAAAGUGAUCCAUGUCGAG